UGGGAGGAGCCGCAGAGCACGUUGGGAGCAGGUAUCUCCCACAUGGCUGCAGAGGAGGCCACAGUCACCGUUCGCCUCAUCCGUUCAUUUGAGCAUCGGAAUUUCAGACCCGUGGUAUAUCAUGGAGUUAACUUGCAUCAAACUGUAAAGGAAUUUAUAGUAUUUCUAAAGCAAGAUGUCCCUUUGAGGACUAGCCUGCCACCGCCCCUCAGAAAUUACAAAUAUGAUACACUAAAGAUUCUUCAUCAAGCCCACAAAGCAAAGACAAAUGAGCUUGUGUUGGGUUUGGAGGACGACGACACACUCCUGCUAAAGGAAGACAGAACACUGAAGGACUCAGGAAUAGCCAGUGAAACUGAAAUUGCAUUCUUCUGUGGAGAAGAUUAUACAAGAUACAAAGCUAAUCCCAUCUCGUCCUGGUGAGAGUGUCUGGUUACACCUUUGCAUACCUUUAUUCCACUAGUGAUUUUUUUUUAAAUUGUCAAAUAAAUCUUU